AUGGUCUUUUGUACUAAGUAAAUAGAAUAUAAAGUAAAAUCUUAUUAUUGGGAUUUAACAAGAAGUCAAGCAAGAGCAUCUCUUGUUAUAUUUCUAAAUUUAAUUAGGGUUUCACCAUAAUUAAAAGCUUAGUUCUUAUUAUUAUUUAUGUUUAUUUAUCUAAUAUUUUUGAUAAAAGUAAGUCCUUAUUAAAGAUAGUAGUUAAAUAAUAUUGAUUAACUAUCAUGCAAGUUAGUUAUAACAAGUAUAUUCAUAAUAUAAAUGAUAUUACUUACAGACAAUCUAUUAUUUUAAUAACUAUUAUAAAAUAUUUUGAUUGCCAUAAAUAUGAGUUUCUUAGCAAUCUUGCUCUUAUUAAUAAUAUAAAGACCGAUUCCUUAUGAUAAAAAUAACUUAAAUAUCUUAUAAAAAUUCUAAGUUUUUAUAUCAAAAUUCAUUCCAAACUCUAUUUAUUAACUUACUUAUUAAAAAUAGAUAAAUUUAUUAAGAAUAAAUUAUCUAUGGAAAAUAGUUCAAAACUCUUUAAGGUAAGUUAUUGGUAUUGAAGCAAAUUUAAAGAACCAAAAAUGGUAUUUACAAUCGAAACUGGCUUAGUAAAGUUAAUUCAAAGUUAGAAGUCCAAUAAUUAACUAAGGAAUAACAAAUAGUUCCUUUAAAUAAGCAGUAGAGAAACACAAUUUAGAUAAAAAUCUAAAAUGA